AUGGACGACGACUUAUCAACAGCCAAUGCAGUUGCAGCUGUAUGUGGUCUGACUGGCCACCUCGGAAUAGAUGGGAGUGGAAGCGGAGUGAACCCCGACGACCAAGCCGCUGUUGCUGCUCUGGCGGCUGCUGCGACCAUGGAGAGCUUUUCGCAAUCGAUGCUCUCUCAAGCGGCGGCAGUCGCAGCUACCACCUCACCUCCACCUCGUAAGAAGCAACGCCAUAGAAUUCAUCAACAUCGUGAUAGUGGUGUUGGUGCUGAUAUAGAACUUCCUGGCAUCCCUCUUCCCAAGGGGGUUCAACGCUCCAGGAAAGCAUUUGUUGGUGGUUUCUGCAGUAAAGGAAGGAGGUUCUCCGGUCCCACUCGCAAAACUGUCGAAGAAGCACUUUCUGAUCGCCUUCGUCUCGAGCAACUGGGAGGUGACAUCGCAGCUCUGGAAGCUCUGUCGGCUGAACUACGGGCUGAGGUUGAUGACGGUGACGGGCGUCGCAGUCGGGGCAGGAAGCGUCAAGAUAAUGGUAUUCCUGUUGAACAUCAUCAUCAUGGUGGACUGCCCAACUCCUCAACUCUAUUGAAGAUGCGCAGAGACGCCUUACAGAGUCAACAAGCUGCCGAGGCCGCCGCUGCCGCCGCUGCCCUUUGUGGUGUCGGUCCUGAGGGAGCCGGGGAAACCCUGCACACUCCAGCAGCACAACAUUUGCCAGAAGGUGUUAUGCUCAUCUCUAUCGGUGGUUUGGGUAACGCAUUCGUAGCCUAUCAGAGAGCUCCUACAGCUGAUCGAAUACACAUUCUGGGCCCACCGAGACGGACCAUCGUAGCGGCUGGGGACGACUACCAGGCUGCGAUCGGUUUGACUACCCCUCCUACUACUACACGAGGCAACCGACCGAUCAACGAGAGUAUUCUGAUUUGCUCUGGUAUAGGUCGUGUCGUGAGCCUUAUAUCAGAAGAUGAGCUCACUAGUGCCUAUGUCGGCAUUAUCAUCGUCAGUGGGGAAUCUUGUUACCCUGUAGGGCCUAUAAGGGAGACCACUACGGAGGCUAAGAACGACUUGGAUCAUGCUAGUGGUGGUAUAUUGACGGCAUCAGUGAAGGCGAUCCCACAGCCGCAUGAUGAGCCCCACAUGCUGGACUUUGGCGAACCGCAAGUUGUGGAUAUUGAUGUGCAUUCGGGGGAAGACGACCAUCGUGGUGAAGGAUCUGAUCCUACAGUGUCGUCGGGACUCGACUCUGAAUGGGUUUAA